CUACAACUGCUACAGUUUACUAAUAUAUGCAAAACUGUCCACAGUAUGAACAGUGGCUAUAAAACCAGCCACAACUCAGCCCUGAGCAGAGCGACUGUUCGCUAUUGACCAAUCAACGAACUGCAGUGUUCACAGCUCCACCUUUUAGUACCAGAUCUGUGUGCUAGGUACCCCAACAGAGGGGGGACCAAAAACGGGGAUGGUACGGCAGUCCCAUUGGUAACAUCCACAACUUUACACAGUGGAAACAGAAAUAAAGCGUAUAAAACUUAAUUGCACAGUACUGUACUGCUUGGUAGAAACGGGCCUAAAGUCUGUCUUGCUCCAGUGUAGGGGAGGUUUUAAGGCUCUUUGCAUAUCUGUCCUCAGGGGCCCAUUGUCUCAUAAUACACCUAUGGUUCUUCUGUCAUUAGAGCUGAAACAAUUACUCCAUUAAUUGAGAAGUUGGUUGUCAGGAAACUAAUCUGCAAUCAUGAUAAAAGCCAAAUAUUCUUCUCAAAUGUGAAAAUUAGGUGUUGUCUUUGUUUUAAUAUACAGUACAUUGAAUAUUUGUGUUUUGCUUGAACCACACAAGACAUUUGGUGACAUCACCGAGGACUCAAGGAGAUUGUGACAGGCAUGUUUAACAGUUUAUGAUGUAAGGCUAUGUAGGCUGAUAAUUAUUAGAGACUGUAAUAAGCAGAUGAAUCGAUUGUGCAUAUAAUGGUUAUUUGGUGCCCGCCUCGACAUUAUGUCAACCUCACAGUGUUUCAUAACACGAGCAGAAUAUUAUUUCACCAACAUUUGUAUUUGGGAGUUCCUAGUCUGGCCAGUCACCUUGACAACAUUGGCCCAAUGACAGCGCACACGCGAACUAGGCCAGCCAAUCACAGGCGUCCGCCGGAGCUGCAUGUCAUUUCUGCCCCGCUUGCAACCUGCACCGUGUUUUGUUUGUCUGUCUGCGCAGCAGUGAUGAAAUCGCGGGGUCUGCUGCUGCUGGCUCGCUACAAACGGAGGAAAUCUCUCCUGACUUCCCGCUCAUGAGGACCGCGGUGACACCGGAGGACGCACGGAGCAGGACCGAACGGGAGCAGCAGCGCCGGGGCUGUGGAGUCAGGUGCUGCUGGAUGAGAGUCUGACUAGGCAUUUUCUCCCCGGUGACAGAGACAAUCUCAGCGGCGCAUCUUCCCACAUCCUCCUCCCCUCCCUUCUCCUCUCCUCUCCUCCUCCGCUGCCCUCCAAGCCUGCAGCCCACCGACCAUGGCCCUGGUGACUCUGCAGCGCUCCCCCACUCCCAGUGCAGCAUCCUCGGCCAGCACGACCAACAGCAGUGCGGGGGAGGAUUUUGGAAGUGAUGAUGAGCGGAAAAAUAAUCAGAGCCUCAGUGAGAGCUUCUUCAUGGUCAAAGGAGCCGCUCUGUUCCUCCAGCAGGGCGGCAGCGCACAGGGACCAAAGACCCCGACCCACCACAAGCAUGCAGGUGAUUUACCUCAACACCUGCAGGUCAUGUUCAAGAUCCUCCGGUCUGAAGAUCGCAUUAAGCUGGCUGUACGGUUAGAGAGCGGCUGGUCAGACCGGGUGCGCUACAUGGUCGUCAUCUACACCAACGGCCAUCAAGAUACGGAGGAAAACAUCGUCCUGGGAAUGGACUUUACAGACAAGGACAGUAAAAAUUGCUCUAUUGGGAUGGUGCUGCCACUGUGGAGUGAUACCAACAUACAUUUAGACGGAGACGGAGGCUUCAGCGUGAACACGGCAGGGCGGUCACAUGUCUUCAAGCCUGUGUCGGUUCAGGCCAUGUGGUCUGCUCUGCAGGUCCUCCACAAGGCAUGCGAGGUGUCGCGCCGCUUCAACUACUUCCAAGGUGGCAUCGCUCUCACGUGGAUGGCCUUCUAUGAGAGCUGCAUCACCUCAGAGCAAAGCUGCAUCAAUGAGUGGAACGCUAUGACCGACCUGGAGUCCACCCGGCCUGACUCGCCCACCAUGUUCGUCGACCGGCCGACUGAGCGAGAGAGAACAGAGUGCCUCAUUAAAGCCAAGCUACGCACCAUCAUGACAUUUCAAGACCUGGAGAACAUCACCUCAAAGGAGAUCCGUAACGAGCUGGAGCAGCAUAUGAGCUGUAACCUCAAAGAGUACAAAGAGUUUAUCGACAACGAGAUGCUUCUGAUCCUGGGUCAGAUGGACAAGCCCACACUUAUCUUUGAUCAUGUGUACUUGGGCUCUGAGUGGAACGCCUCCAACCUGGAAGAACUACGUGACUGCGGAGUGGGCUACAUCCUCAAUGUUACCAGAGAGAUUGACAACUUCUUCCCAGGGAUGUUCUCUUAUCACAACGUCCGCGUGUACGACGAGGAUGCCACCGACCUGCUGGCCCACUGGAAUGACACCUACAACUUUAUAGUCAAAGCCAAGAAGAACAAUUCCAAGUGCCUGGUGCACUGUAAGAUGGGGGUGAGCCGGUCUGCCUCUACAGUAAUUGCCUAUGCAAUGAAGGAAUACGGCUGGUCCCUGGAGAAAGCCUACAACUUUGUCAAGCAGAAACGGAGUAUAGCUCAGCCGAACGCUGGUUUCAUGAGACAGCUGGCAGAGUACGAGGGAAUCCUGGACGCAAGUAAACAGCGCCACAACAAGCUAUGGAGGCCUGGAACAGAUGAGGAGGGAGCAGAGGAUUUGCAAGCCUCUGGUCACUGCACUGGUGGGGAGGAGACACCAGUGCUCAGAGGGGAAGAAGCCUGGGGAGGCUGCGGAGCCUCUCCCUGCAGGGGUAUGGGUCUAGAGAUGGAGCCCCUUGACUCUCUCAACUAUAACUAUUACUUCAGACGUUUGUCAGAUUCUGCACUAGACAGUGAGCCCUCCACCCCGGUGCGGGGUCCCCCUCUGCUCGGUAUGGAAAGAGUUUUCAUUGAGAUUGAAGACGUAGAGAGGGAUGCCCUGUUGGAGGACGAGGGUUUCCCCAUGGCCCAUUUAGCCCUGCCUGGCGAGGGCACGGCAGCUCAGACGUGUGGGCGCCUCGACCCCCUGGAGGAUAUGAGGCUGAGGCUCGAGAUCAGCACUUUGGAGGAAGAGGAUGAGGAAGAGGCCAAGAAAGAGGAGGCUGAGAUGGCGGCCUUGGCUCAAACGCCUGGAAAUUCGGAUGGGAAGAGGGCAGGGGAUGAGGCCGAGAGGACGGAGGAAAGCCGGUUGGGCCUGGCCAACCUGAACACCAACAACAGCAACCGCCUGGCCGCCAAGCGCAGCUGCCCUGCAGCUUUUGACGACAGUGCUAGCACAGGAAACCCUUUAAAAGUGAAGCCCUCCUAUCAGUCCUGUAAAGACUGCCUGCGUCUACCACAAGGGCGGCGCUGUGACCGUCCAGCAGGAGGCCGUUCUCACCGCCUUAACCCCUCCCGCCACUGCACUGUCCCCACAAUAUGCAUAGAUCCGCCCGGGACCAAUUUUGCCUCCACCCCAAUUCUGCAGUCCCUCCAAACCCCUGCAGUUGUCCCACCUAACUUGGUCCAGCCCUGUAGUCAUCUGUACCGCUGUGCCACCUGCACCCCCGGUGUCCCACCUGUCCCGCAAACCAACCACCAGAAACUUAUCUCACCCAUGAGCUGUGAGGAGACGCCUCCUGACCGCAGCUCGGUGGAGACAGAGGACAUGGAUGAACCACAGGGGGACGGCGUGGGAGGAGAAAUAACGAGGGAGGAUGCAGGGGGCAUCAGUGCGACUUCGGCUGAAGGUUUAGAAUUACAACCUGAUGGUGCAGUGGAGCUCCAGCAGCAGGCACUGGCCCAGCUGCAAAUGCCAGGACUGGGUAUAGAAUUUGGCCUGGAGCUGAUGCGACAAAGGGCAGAGCAGCUGGAGAAGCUGCCAAGUUUGGCCAUGGAGGGCCAGCUCCCAGUGGGGCCCCUGCCUUAACAUAUACAUGGAUGAGAUGCCUCCAGCAGGUACACUAUGAUGGCUGUGGGUCUGUAGAUGACUGCCGCUGUGGUGUCGUACCAGAAACGAAGCUCUGCUCUGACCUGUACUGUUAUGUCCUGGCCUCAUAGCUGCACUGUCACAAGCUGCAAAAGGCCUCUCUGUACUUCCAGAGAGUCUCCUGUCAUUAUCUACUGGCAUUAAGACCAAGAUGAGGCUGCUUGUUUUGACCAUACGCUAAAGGCUUGGACGCUUUUGGCCAGUUAAGGACUUGAGACUUUCCUGUGUCCUUCCACUUCUCCCUUAAACCUGACUGAGGCCGAUCUGGUCUCUUCUGAGCCUGUCAGCCCCACACCACAUACAGGAUCAUCACACUUCCCCACAGCCCAGUGGAGAUGAGCGUUAUGCUGCCAUUUUACCCUCAACAGACAGGUUUGGCAUAUUCCCAAGAUAGGAGACAGUGGUGGUUUGUAAGAUCUGGUUGUUCCUUUUUAACUACUGAGAACGCUAUAGCUAGCACUUUGAUGUUGAUGGAAAGAGAAAUACCUGAAGUAACAUGCUUCUGUCAGUGUACUGUAUGUUUUUCAAUCCUAACUCAUCAACAGUAUUCAUGAAGGAGCUCAAUGAAUGUUUGCAGUUGAGCCAUUUUGAUUGCAUCCAGCAUCUCCUCAUGUUACCGCUGAUAGCUGAGUCCUCUCUAACCGUCACUUAUGUUUUCCCUGCUGCAGCUGCUUCCGCACCACGGAAGGGCAUUUCACGUGGAAGCAUAAUCAUUUUUAAAAAGGAUGUGAGCCUUUUUAUGCCUCUUUGUAAAGCGUCGUACCUCGGACCACAAGCAUCUCGAACUGUUUUGGUCAAAGACUCUUCUGUUGUCUCUGCUCAGUGGCUGGUUCACCCUGACCUCCUCCAUUAAAGUUACUGUAAUCAUGUACUUAAAGCACUCAUUUUAGCCCCAUGCAUGACUUUGCAGUAUUACAGAACAUAUCAACAUGCUUAGAAAGAAAACAUAUUUAAGUCGUGUUUUUUAAAUACUAAAAAAACAAAGUUUUGACAUUCAAAUGUGUCAUUCUUCAGUUUAAGUGAGCAGCAUUCAUUCAUCAGAUGGAUGAUAAAUUGGUUGAAUUGGACCUAACCUCUCGUCUUAUGCCUGGAAGAAUGACAAAAAAGACCGAAGAAAUACUUUAAGUUGUUGGAAUUCAUUUAUUUAAAUGUCAGGAAACAUUCAGAAGCUCAAAUGUAAUUUUGUUUUCCACACCUGAUCUGAUCACUUCCUGAUGUAACCAAAGCCAUAUCUUGUUGCCAGAUCCAGUGAAUCACCGUCAUGAUUUAAAGUCUUCUCUUACUUUUUUACCCAGUCUGCAUCUCAUUAGUCAUUAAAGGGAUAGUUCUUUUUUUUUUUUUUUUCCCAGUCCGAGAAGUUCAAGUAUCUCGGGGUCUUUUUCAUGAGCAAGGGUAGAAUGGAGUGUGAGAUGGAUCGGCAGUUUGGUGCAGAUUCUGCAGUGAUGUGGGUGCUGGGCUGGACCGUUGUGGUGAAGAGGGAGCUGAGCUGAAAGGCGAAGCUUUCGAUUUACUGGUCCAUCUACGUCCCAGCUCUUACCUAUGGUCAUGAGUUCUGGGUAGUGACUGAAAGAAUGAGAUCGCAGAUACAAGCGGCCGAAAUGAGUUCCUUUCGUGGGGUGGCUGGGUUGAGCCCUAGAGAUAGGGUUAGGUGUUCAGAUAUCCAGAGGGAGCUCGGAGCAGAGCCGCUGCACCUUUGCGCCAAAAGGGAUCAGUUGAGGUGGUUCGGACAUCUGAUUAAGAUGCCUCCUGGGCGCAGGUAGGAGGCCCCAGGGUAGACCCAGAACACGCUGGAGGGAUUACAUAUCUCAUCUGGCCUGGGAAUGGCUUGGGGUCCCCCAGGAGGAGCUGGAAAGAGUUGCUAGGGAGAGGGACGUCUGGAGUGCUUUGCUUAGCAUGCUGCCCCAGUGACCCAGCCUUGCAUAAGUAGAUGAAAAUGGAUGGGUGGAUGAGAUACUUAUUAAUAGUAAGUGUAUUACAUACAGUAGAUGGCGGUCAGUGCACUCCCUGUCUGCAGAAACCGACAGAGCUUGCACCCCAGAAACUCAGCUAAGCAUUGCUCUGGAUUAGGGUUAACAACAAAACUUUUAGCCACCUAAAAAAAUCGAUAUCAGUCUAAGUGGACACUAUAUUUACAGUAUUUUCACUGCUUUACUUUGCCCUUUCUAUUGGCGCUACAUUUUCUCAACCGUGUAACUCCGCAUUCCUACACGAAAACUAACUAACAAUAGUCCCACUUCAAAAAUCCCGAACUAUCCCUUUAAUCUAAGCGGCUCCCACAGUAAACAUGGCUCACCCAGUUAACUUUUUGGCCACAAGCUACAAAACCACAAGCUACCUUUCCCUAAACCCACAGACAUUUGCAAAGGCACACUAACCAUGUAUAGAUUUAGCACUUGAGCACAACUCUAGUAUCCGUUCACACAGCGCACAGACACGUUUCAGAUCUGUAGCUACGUUUAAACAAAUUCAUUUGAGAACAUUAAAGUAGUUCUGCUCUUGGCUUGCAGUGUAGAGUCCACCCUUGUGAUUAUAGUUUAUUUGAUCUAAGAAUUCUAUAUUAUUAUUAUAAUUCCGACUCUUAAAAUUACAAAUUGAAAUAUUUAUAUUUACAGUGUGAACAUUAGAAAUUAUAUUCUUUAUUUACAAUGCGAGAUUUCCUUGAUUUUUAAAUUCAGAGCAAGUAACUGAUCAAGAAACUGCAAAGCCCAGCACUCAAAGGUUGUUUAACUCUUUAAGUCUUUUCCACAUCAUUUAUUUAGUUACUUUUCUACAUGUUCAGACAGCUUGAGGCAUGUUUUGUUUAAAUUGUGCCACCAAUCCAAAGUUGCUGUGCCACAGGGUGUUGCUCUACAAGUUCCUCUGUUUGACUGAUGUUGUGUUCCUCCUUUUUUUGGCACGCUGGGUGUGCUGAACAAUGCCUGUUUGUACGCAGGAAAAGCACAUGCGAGUGUUAUCAUAACUGUGUUUAAAGAUCUGAGUGCUUCAGAAGAAAACUGUGCAAAGAAUGAAUGCAAAUUAUUUAAACAUCUUUAACCAUGGGGUUAUUGUAUUUUUUUUUAUUUAUUUAUUUUUUUUGUAGAUUUAGCUCUUUUUUAGUUAGAUCGGUAGAAACCUCGACAGUGCACCCCCUGUUCCUUCCCCUCCCUUCACUGGACCCCAGGGAGCUGCAGGUUUGCUCCGCUAGUUAGAUUUGAGUAAUUUAGUUUUUCCUUUAGCCUGUUCUUUCCCUCACAUGAGCAUGAUGUAACAUAAGGCACUUGCAAAGUUGCUGACAGCAUUUGAUACUACAGACUAUGUCCAAAAAUGUGAAAAAUGUUAAAAUAACCAUGAAGUUGUUGAUAAAUAUUCAGCUAAAAGAAAUGGGAAAUGUUACACGGUGACAGCCUAUAGAGACAUGAGAGUGGUAUCAAUGCUGUCAUCUCAGAAAGAAAGCAAAUAAGCAAAAUGUUGUACUCUUCCUUUAAUAUAUUAUUAAUGUGUUUCUAAUUUAAGCCUGUUGUUGUCAGUGUGUCGACAGGUGGGCCUGAUCAGUGUGCCGGACAUCCACGCGAUGUGCUAAGCACUAACUCCUUCUGUUUGCGUUCCCAGACCACAGCACUACUUUUGGUUGUUUGCUCCAUGUUUUGAAUUUGUGUUUGUAUUUAAGUGCCUUAACCUUGGCCUUAGCUCCAUCAUAAAGCAUCACAGGCGUCGCAACAGUUUCUGUGAGUGUGUUGAUGGUCUGGCUUUUUGUACAUUACUUAACCCUCACUCCCGAAAUUUAACCGCGCUCCUUGCAAAUGUAUAACUCGGCACAGAAUAAUAACGUAUGCAAACACACAUAAGCUCAUGCACAGCAGCCUCCUCCACCUCCCCCGAAAAACACGCAUACUUGAUGGACUUCCAUUUAUUAAUAGCCUAUAAUAAUAUUGUAUUUGUUUGAUAUUGUUGAAACGUGUGGUACACUGUAUUGGUUCAAUAGCUGGCUGAGGAACCUUGCUGGAAUGAGAACUAUCAUUUACAUUAAAACAUUAGAUAGGAUCGAUUUCAGUCUUUGAAAUUUACCAGUCUGUAUAUAUUUUUCUCUACAAUUUGCUAUGGAGUACAUUAGCUUGCAGAUGUGGUCGAUAUAAAGAAAAGCACUGAUAAUGCUACUGUGUAUUGAGAAGUACUCAUAAUUAAGUUCUCGUGUUUGUACCACAGCAAAAAAAAAAAAGAAAAAAAAAAAGACUUUGGGCCAUCUCUAAUUUAAGCAAACGUCUUCAGGCUCUAUUAAAAAAGGCAACGAUUGAAUUUUUUUAUUGCAUUAUUCCCAGGCAGCAGGCAUCAAACUGACAAUCCUACUUUAGAGCCAGACGCUGAGGACUUUGUGUGGAAGGAUAUUAAGACAUAUUGUAAUUUAAAACAAGGGGGAUGCAGGCAUUUAUAGAGUGUAUUUAUAGAGCACAAGUCUGCCCCAAAGCAUGCGAGGUUGAGACGAGUGGAAAAUGUAGAACAUGAAAAACCUACCUGGGCGUAAGAUUUUGUUUUGUUAAUUGUUUUUUUGUUAACUUUUGUGUACUGUACUGUACAUUGCCAAUGUUCAUGUGUAAUGCACUUUUUUUUACAUUUUGUUAAAAUGAUGUCCAGUCUAAUGUUUAUCAUGGAAAUAAACCAUUUCCUCUGCAUAA